AUGUUUUAUUGUCAUGAUCAUUUUUUACAGCAUCGUGAGGGUCUCAAUCGACAAUUAGAAAUACUUUCAAAUGAACGAGAUGGUCUUUUACAUAAAAUAGAACAGCAGAAAGUUGAAUCUGAACAACAUGCAUUGAUGAAAAAAAUCGAUGAAUGGGAACGUGAUUCGAUCACUAAGAUUCAACAAAUGGCAAAAGAAGCCAAACAAACAUUGCUGUCUCAUGUUGCUAAGUUCAUUUCGAGAGUGGAGCAGCGCUUGAACCUGUUAACGGAUGAACUUCGUCAGAAGCCUAGCAAGAAUACUUUUGUGGACACAGACAUAACAAAAUGGAAACAAGAACUAGAACAAUUAAAGGUAUUACUCGAGAAUCCGCCAGAUUUGAAAGUACAAGAAGAUUCAACACCGCUCGUGACCAAAAUUCAAGUAAAAACAUCAACCCAACGUGAGUCUGCUCAUUAA